GUGAACGCAGCAUAAACAACAGACUCCGUCUACUUCCUGGUGGAGGACUUCUCCAUCUCUUUAAGCUUCUUUUCUGUAGCUACUGUAAAGCUAAUAUAAAGCUACUGUAAAGCUGGGGAUCCACUGGGUUGGACAUGCGGAUGUAAUGUUAUCUUGCUGCUCUUAUGGCUUUUGAAGCUGCUUGCUCUGAGAUAAAGUCGGGAUGUUUACAGCCAACAUGGAAACAAAAAGAGUGGAUAUCCCCUCCGGAGUGCUGGACGACCUCUGCAGCCGGUUCAUCCUGCACAUCCCCAGUGAGGAGAGGGACAACGCUAUCCGGGUGUGCUUCCAGAUCGAGCUGGCCCACUGGUUCUACCUGGACUUCUGCAUGCAGAACACUCCAGGAGCUCCUCACUGUGGGAUAAGAGACUUUGCCAAAGCCGUGUUCCAUCACUGUCCUUUUCUGUUGCCUCAUGGAGAGGAUGUUCAGAAAAUCCUCGAACAGUGGAAGGAGUACAAGAUGGGUGUACCUACCUUUGGAGCAAUCAUUCUAGAUGAAUCACUAGAAAACGCACUGCUCGUUCAGGGCUACCUUGCAAAGUCCGGCUGGGGCUUUCCAAAGGGCAAAGUUAACGAGGAUGAAGCACCUCAUGACUGUGCAGUUCGUGAAGUGAUGGAGGAGACGGGCUUUGACAUCAAGAAUCGCAUCUGCAAAGACAGGUACAUAGAGCAGAAAAUCACUGACCAGGUGGUGCGGCUCUACAUCAUACCAGGAGUGUCAAAGGAUACCAAGUUCUACCCCAAAACGAGGAAAGAAAUCAGGAACAUUGAAUGGUUUCCUAUUGAGAAGCUGCCAUGUCACAGGAAUGACAUGACCCCAAAGUCUAAACUUGGACUCGCCCCCAACAGGUUUUUCAUGGCCAUCCCAUUCAUAAGGCCGCUGAGAGAAUGGAUCAGCAAGCUGAAAGGCGAGUCAACAGACAGCGAUGAGGACUUUGCAAACAACGGCAACACUCCAGGCAAACCUUCAGACAAUGCUCGGUCAAAAUCUCGCCGUCUGACAGGUACUGAUGCAUUUCCGGUAGACGUCUGGACAAAAGCGAAGCAGCAGAAGACGCUGGGCCCGCUGAGCCAGCAUGAGCUCAACCAGAACCCAAAUUUGAAAGGCAAUGGAAAGAAAGUUCAGGACUCGUCUCAUGUGAAGAAAGGAGCAAAUGACAACGGAGCCAACAACCAACAGGCGAAAACCAUAUUAAAAGAAGAUAAAAGACUUCAACCCAGAAGACUGCAAGACAGUUUUGAGAGAGAUGUGACUCCCCUCGGCUCUAACAGUCACCAGACAGUCCACAGCAGAGACUCUGAGCACCUGUGGUCCUCCAAGGCUUUCCUCAAUUUCAAAUUUGACAGAGACGCCAUCAUGAAAUGUUUUGACUACUGACAUGGCCGAUGAGGCGCCGUGCCUCUCCCGUAACGGCAUCAAAACUAAGAGAGCCUCGGAGACUUUUUACCUGAUCGUCUGGGCUGGAUGUUACUGAACAUUUGUCAUUGAACAAAUCCAACAAGCUUCACCGGAGUAGUUUGCCUUUGCUGCCCAACUUUUCAGACCUUAUAAAAAUGAUGGUAACCAAUCUGUCCAAGGCAGAAUUCUAACUUUAGUUUUUACUUCUUUAAAUACCUAAAUUCAUGAUUCAAUCUGCAAUAGACAACAUACAGACCAUAAGGAAAGGACUGCUCAGGUUAACCAUUAAACUGGGAAUACACUGUACGAUUUUUAGCCCGUUUCCGUCCCCGAAUUUUGAGCCACACGACUCAUUUUAGAGUCGGACCAAAUUUCAGCUUCAUCGGGCGUCGUUUGCCGUGCAGUGUACAGGGAGGACCGAGAACCGAUGAACUCCUCCCGACCGACCGUCAGACAGUCGGAUGAUUUUCUGACAUUUUGGUCAGCCGACUACAGCCUCUCACACAGUUGAAGCAGAGCAGAUUCCCCAUAGUCAGUGCCUUUUUUCUACUCUUUUUACAGUAAUCAGAGCGUAGCUUUGGCUUUACAUCGCAAACGAUCUACUCGUACAGACGGAGUUACACAACAACAUUUCUAAAAUCGUACACUGUAUGCCCAGCUUUAGUCUUUUAAAGGCAGAAGAUCAAACGUUUUGAGAACAUAAUGGAUUUUAAGCACAUAUGAGGUGACAGUGAAAUGUAAAAAAAAUAAAUAAUUCAGCUGUGAUAUCUUAGUGAAUUUGGCCAGUUGAAUUUAUCAUGUUAUAUACUGAUUUUAAGAUGUAAUAAUAAUUUAGGUUUAGGUUAAUUUCCUCCAUUCAAUGCUGAAGAAGAAAGGUGGGUAUUAAUAGUGUUAUUGGCUUUAUGUAUUUACAGUGUUAUUGGCUUUGUUACCAAAAUUUCUUAAGAUUUUAUCCAGGAAUGUAGAAUUGAAUGGAAUAUUGACUUGGGAAAAGGAAGAACAAGUGGUGUUCGUGACUUCGUCUUUGCAAGUUGAAUCUCAUUUAAUUCAUAUAUAAAAGUUCACAAAAGAAGGUCCAAGGCACUCUUCUAGCAAAAAGUUAACACACCUUUAAUCAGAUGGCUAUUUCACUGUGAAAUACUAAAAACAUAGACAAUGCUGUCACAUUAUGAGAUGGGUUACAACCCACAGGCAUCGGCACAAACAACCUGAGAUGAUUGAAAACACCUGAGCAAGAAGCCGAUUGUCAUUUUUUUAGUAUUUCACAAUGAAAUAUCCAUCUGAUUAAAGGCCCUUUGUGAACUCGUUGUUGUAUGGGAUUCCGUGGCUGCCAGACUAAUGAAAUCAUGACAUCAAAUUGAUGUUUGGAAAUCCAUAAUUAAGGCCAGAAAAAUUAUGAAUUAAAAUGAAAAUUACAUUCCCAAAUACUUUUCAGUGUACUCCGCAGUGUAUCACUGAUAUAAUGACAUAAUGAUAAUAAUUGAAUGAAUGAAAUCAGUUAUUUCAUACUGUAAAAGGAACAUUUCAAUUUGAUUACAGUUUAAUUUGAAUAUUUUGAGCCACUGACUUCCAUACAUUGUUGUUGUUAUUUUCUUUAGUGACCCACAUCCUACUUGUGUUUGUCUGCCUUUUUGUUUUCAGCAGUUCUGUCCUGCAGACUGCAGCGUUUACAGGUUUAAAUUCAUGUUGAGAUUUCGUCGUCGACCAGAAGUUCUCAAUCAUAUUCUUCAUGAUCCGUUAGUUCGCUGCUUUAGUGUUUGGUUGGUCCUUAAAAACUUGCCGACUCUUGCCGUGGCAUUAUGGAGGAUCAUUGCGUUAGACUACUGUGAACAUAAGUUAUUCUCUCACAAAGGGGCCACGUUAAGGGGUUUCUAGCCACUAGAGAUGAAAACAUACGCAAAGACAAUUUUCAUAGAAGUUUUAGAAGUCUUUAAUGUUCAACAACACAGUGUAACUAUUUAUAUGUCUCAAGGUAAUAUCAUAAUACAUGUGAAAUGACAAAAUCUGGAUGCGAGAUCUCUUUGUGUCAUUGUCACCGGGGUUUCUUUUGUUAAUGAUUGUACAGAUGGUGAUCUCCUUUGGCUUCAAUGGUGUUUUGACUUCAAAUGUGAAUAUUAAUAAAGUCUGUUUUUUUCA